AUGAAGACCACCACCCUCACCGCGCUUUUCCUGUUUGCCUGCCUGCUUGUGGCUUCGGCCCUUGCCGACUCUGGAGAAAGCGAACGCCGCCCUGGUCGCCCCGGCGCUGGUGGCUCUGGGCCUCGACCUGGCAAUUCUGGUGGAGCCACUGGACCCGGUGGAGCCCCUCAACCUGGUGGCUCUGCUCCCAGUGCCCCCAGUGCGGAGGAGGACGACAUGACCACCUUGUUCAACAGCAUCAACGGAGCCAAUGGCAUCAUGGGUACGGACACGUUCGCCCAGCUCUCGGCUGCGACCAGCGGCCAUCAUGGGCUGCAGAAGCUCGAGAUCAACAUCAACAUCAAGGUCGUCCUCGUGAAGAUCGGCGACAAGAUGCACACCAUGGCCGCGUAG